AUGAACAUCAGCUCUCCCUCUCCUCCCAGGCCCCAGAGCUCCACCCCUGUCUUCAUGCUGCUGCUUUCGGUGUUGCUACUGGGCCCAGCUUGGCACGUAGCUGCCCAGCGAUGCCCACAGACCUGUGUCUGUGACAACUCCAGGCGGCACGUGACCUGCCGCCACCAGAACCUCACCGAGGUGCCGAACACCAUCCCCGAGCUGACCCAGAGGCUGGACCUCCAGGGCAAUCUGCUGAAGGUCAUCCCUCCAGCCGCCUUCCAGGACCUGCCUUACCUCACACAUCUGGACCUGCGGCACUGCCAGGUGGAGCUGGUGGCCGAGGGUGCUUUCCGAGGCCUGGGCCGCCUGCUCCUCCUCAACCUGGCUUCCAACCGCUUGAGCAUGCUGCCCCAGGAGGCUCUGGACGGGCUAGGCUCACUGAGGCGGCUGGAGCUGGAGGGGAACAUGCUGGAGGAGCUGCGGCCGGGGACCUUCGGUGCCCUUGGCUCGCUGGUCACACUUAACUUGGCCAACAACGCCUUGGUCUACCUGCCCGCCAUGGCCUUCCAGGGGCUGCUGCGCACUCGCUGGCUGCAGCUGUCCCACAAUGCGCUCAGCGUGCUGGCCCCCGAGGCCCUGGCGGGUCUGCCCGCUCUGCGUCGCCUCAGCCUGCACCACAACGAGCUGCAGGCCCUGCCCGGGGCCGCCCUGUCCCAGGCCCGCAGCCUGGCGCGUCUGGAGCUGGGCCACAACCCGCUCACCUACACGGGUGAGGAGGACGGCCUGGCGCUGCCCGGCCUGCGCGAGCUGGCCCUGGACCACGGGGCCCUGCAGGCUCUGGGGCCCCGGGCCUUCGCCCACUGCCCGCGCCUGCACACCCUCGACCUCCGCGGGAACCAGCUGAGCAGCCUGCCCCCGCUGCAGGGCCCGGGCCAGCUGCGCCGGCUACGGCUGCACGGCAACCCGCUGUGGUGCGCCUGCCACGCGCGGCCCCUGCUCGAGUGGCUGGUGCGCGCCCGCGUGCGCUCGGACGGCGCGUGCCGCGGGCCGCGGAGGUUGCGAGGCGAGGCCCUGGAUGCGUUGCGGCCUGCAGACCUGCGCUGCCCCGGGGACGCGGCGGAGGACGAGGACGAGGUCGAGGCCGACGCGGGUCCCCGCGCCCCUCCGCGCUCCCCGCACCAGGAGGCCCCGACGGCCACGCCCUGCCCUCCGGUCUGCGCGUGCGUCGGGGAGACGCGGCACAGCGCUUGCGACGGCCGCGGCCUGCGGGCUGUGCCCCGCGGCUUCCCCAACGACACCCAGCUCCUGGACCUGAGGCGCAACAACUUCCCCUCGGUGCCCCGUGCCGCCUUCCCGGGCCUGCGCCACCUGGUGUCGCUGCACUUGCAGCACUGCGGCAUCGCGGAGCUGGAGCCCGGCGCCUUGGCGGGCCUGGAGCGCCUGGUCUACCUCUACCUCUCAGACAACCAGCUCUCGGGCCUGAGCGCCGCAGCCCUCGAAGGAGCCCCUCACCUCGCCUACCUGUACCUGGAGCACAACCGCUUCCUGAGGGUCCCGGGGGCUGCUCUGCGCGCCCUACCCAGCCUUUUCUCGCUACACCUCCAGGACAACGCGGUGGACCGCCUGGCGCCUGGGGACCUGGCAGGAGCGCGGGCUUUGCGUUGCCUUUACCUGAGUGGAAACCACAUCACCCAGGUUUCACCUGGGGCGCUGGGGCCAGCUCGGGAGCUGGAGAAGCUGCAUCUUGACAGGAAUCAGCUGCGAGAGGUGCCCACAGGCGCCCUGGAGGGGCUGCCGGCACUCACAGAGCUGCAGCUCUCCGGGAACCCAUUCAGGGCUCUGCAAGAUGGGGCCUUUCAGCCUGUGGGGAGGUCGCUGCGGCAGCUCUUCCUGAACAGCAGUGGCCUGGAGCAGAUUUCUCCCAGGGCCUUCUCGGGCCUGGGAACAGGGCUCCGGAACCUGUACCUGCAGAAGAACCAACUUCAGUCCCUGCCUGCGCUGCCGUGGCUCAGCGGGCUGGAGCUCAUCGACCUCAGUGGCAAUCCCUUCCACUGUGACUGCCAACUGCUCCCGCUCUACAGGUGGCUCAUUGGGCUGAACCUGCGGGUAGGGGCCACCUGUGCCACCCCUCCCAGUGUCCGUGGCCAGAAGGUGAAAGCUGCAGCUACUGUCUUUGAAGUUUGCCCAGGCUGGACUGCCAGGAAGGCCAAGAGGACGCCAAGCUCCAGGUUCAGUGCCAGGAGAAGCCCUAGCAACAGAAGACAUCAGUGAACAGACAAGGUGGGCCCUUAGGUGGGAGGGAGGUCUGGGUCCCAACCUGCUGGGAAGCCCUGAUUUUUCUUGGUCCUGAAUUGUAGUUCCUGAACUGGGCAGUGACCCAUGGUCCUGCUGCACGAUGCAGCAACGCUGCUUUCCUCACUGGACACCACGUAUUUACCCCAGUCCUGUUUUACUGACCUCUGCUGACUCCACCCUUUGCUAUCCUGACCUCAGACCUGGCUCUGCCUCCCACCACCUGUCAGUCACAGGUUGAGGUGUCCUUGAAUGUUGGGGACCAUGUGAGGGGAGCAACAGGUAAUGUUGGAACUCAUGGAACACAGCUAGGCAGUUGGCAAAGCCACACCCGAGUGAGCCGUGGAGAGGCAAAGCCCUGAGGACUCCAUGUCCUGAGGACCUACCUCAUGCUGUUACAGAGCACAGCUGAGCGUCGCCUUCUGUCCACCACAUCCCUGUCUAUGGGCUGUAGAAAAACUCUCGGGGGUCUCUAGCCCCCCACUAGGCAGUGGUACUGGUACUUACAGUAAUAGUGACUGACUUGCCCUAAGCAUUGCUGCUGGGCACCUUUAGAAAGAAUUUAGACAUAAUAGAAUUGUUAAUAAGAUCUGGUUAAGAUGUUUUUGUUUAUGUUACAUGUGUAAUUUUUCAUAUAUUUGUUAUGCCUCAAUAAAGCAUUAAAUGUUAAAAGAAAGAUGUUUUUGCUAAUACCUUUGAGAUGAAAAGCUUGGGUUAGCUGGAGUUUAGAAAGGCAGAGUUGAGUGAGGGACUCGUCACUGUCAGGGAAGAACAAAGCAGCCCAGCUACUGGCUGGCGCGCCUUUCUUGUUAGGAUGGGUUGGUGAUCGAAGAUGACCAUCCCUUGUGCCCAUUUGUCCUCCGCUUCCUGGUAUAAAAAAACUGUUGAUGAGGGGGUAUGCACCCUGUGGAUUUAAAGUUUUUAAAAUUGUUUUUCAUAUAUAAAACUUUAGAUUUGUGAUUCAAGACUUAUAUAGGCUUAAAUAGACAAUGAUUGGUCCUUUCUUUGUAACCAUGAAAUCAGCCUGCCAGUCAAAGAACUGGCUGAGAAAAAUACCUUGCUUGCUCACACUCUGCUAAUCUAUAACAAGCUGCUGGACAUGAAUGUAUGCGGCUUCUUGGGGCUACUAAUUUUUCACUUCUAAUAUGUAAAAUGUUUAAUCAUGUCCAGGGAUAUGGAAAACAUGGUUUUUACUUGUAGUCAUUGUAAUCACUCACUUAAAUCUUUCUACUUCUUGAUUUUGCUGGGGUAUAUAAGCUGUAAGGAGAAAAAAUAAGAAGGGAGAAGGAAAACACUAGGAAAGAUGUAGAAGGAAGUCCUCAGGAAAGAGGAAGGAAAACAGGGUAGACGAACAGAACACAGAAGACUGGAGCGGAACAAGGACAAGAAGAACAAAGCCGCUCUCAGCCCUCAGAAGUCUGUUUUUCUGGCCAAGUCUGCAUCUGGUUUCCAGUCUCUGACCUGCACAAGGCUUGCCCUCUGCACUUACUGCUCUUGUAGAAAACUUGAGUUUUAUUCCAUUACCCAUGUGGAAUGGCUCACAGAUGUCUGUAAUCCCAGCUCCAGGGGACCUAACACCUCUGGCUUCCACCAGCAUUCAGAUGAGAGGGGGUGCCUGAGACAGAGGUGAGGUGGUGGUGGAUGCAAGUGUGCGCACACACACAAAGGAAAGCAAGAUCUCGAGCUGCAGGAUACAAGUCCUUAGGAAACAGACUUGGAGCUAGUUCUGGGGGCAGCAGCAGAAGCACACAGUUGCCACUCACUGGCAUCGCCUUCUCCAGCCUUUUUAGUCAUCAGUACAUCGGAGUCGCCUAGAACCCAGAUGCCAACACUAGACAUGGACGGUGACAAGCGACUAUAAUCUAGUCCUUGGAGGAGCAGGGGAAAAUGAUGGAAGGUCACAUUGGGCUAUAUGAGAUUAUCUCCAUAAAAUCAAAAUGGAUCAAAUAGCCCAAGAGGCCCCAUACUUCCCUCAAAGCCACCAUGUACUUCUUACACUUAUUUGUACGUGUGUCUUGGUGUGCACAAGGUCUGAGGACAACUCGAGUCAUUUUCACCUAUGUGGGUUCCAGGGAUCAGACUUAGGUCCUUGGCUUUGUGGCAAGUGCACUUACUCCACUGCCCUGGCCUACACCACACACCCACUCCACUGUCCUGCUGGUCUAUAUCACA